CCGCCGCGACCACGGGCAUGGGGGCGGGGCCUGAGCACAAGAUGGCCGCCGCGCGCCCGGAGCCCCCGAGUCCGAGCUCAGCGGCCCCGGAGCCGCGAUCCCCGGAGACGCCGGACGUGGUCCUGGUGCCUGAUGAUGGCCGCCCCACCACACCCCCGAGUGACCUCAUCGAGAUCCAGGUGGUGAAGGUGACAGACACCACGCUGGUGCCUGAGCCCCCGGAGCCAGGUUCCCUCCACUGUGCCUUGUGCCCAGCUGCCUUCCGGCUGGUCUCUGAGCUUCUGUUCCACGAACAUGGCCACCUGGCAGGGGGGGAGGGCGGUGGGCAGGGUGGGGACCCCAGCCGGUGUCAUGUGUGUGGCCACAGCUGUCCGGGCCCCGCCAGCCUCCGCGCCCACUACAGCCUGCACACGGGGGAGCGGCCCUACCGCUGCCCCCUCUGCCCCCGGGCCUUCAAGGCCCUGGCGCCUCUGCUGCGGCACCAGCACCGACACGGGGUGGAGCCAGGGACCUCUCAGAGGCCUCCGGAGGUGGCUGCGGCUGGAGAACAGAGGCCCGGGGUGCCCCAGGAGAGGUCGGAGGUGGUGAUGGCGGCGGCGGCGGCGGGUGCUGCGGUGGGGAAGCCUUUCGCCUGCAGGUUCUGCGCCAAGCCUUUCCGCCGCUCCUCUGACAUGCGCGACCACGAGCGGGUGCACACGGGCGAGCGGCCCUACCACUGCGGCAUCUGCGGCAAGGGCUUCACGCAGUCCUCAGUGCUGAGCGGCCACGCGCGCAUCCACACGGGGGAGCGCCCCUUCCGCUGCGCCCUGUGCGAUCGCACUUUCAACAACUCCUCUAACUUCCGCAAGCACCAGCGCACCCACUUCCACGGGCCGGGCCCAGGGCUGGGGUUGGGGGACUCUGGCAGCCAGCAGGCCACAGGGGCCGAGGGGCCAGGGAGUGGGUGUGGGCCAGGAAACAGUCUGGAAGAAGGGCAAGGGGAAGGGGCCAAGGUGAAGAUGGAAGUCGACCAGUAGGCUGGGAGACCAGGGCUGCGGGGGCAUUG